UCCAGGCGCCAGUUGAGAACUUGUCGUCGAAUCGUUCGGUUACGGUAAAAGAUAUCGCUUCCAGUACGUGACAACAUAUCUGUUCUUGUUGGAAGAAACAACAAUUCGGCAAUUGGAUUAAAUUGUGCGCAAGAGGGACUGUUAGAACGACAUGACCACCAACAAAGAUCCCCAAGAUAAGGGAGCCGGAAAACAAGAACCGACCAAGAAUGGCGGAUCCGGAGGUGUGGGAAUCAUGAAGCGCUUGAGAAGAUCAGCUUCUGCUACAGAACACAAUCUUAGCAGUCUGAGGAACCGCAAGUCAACCCAAAACCUCUUCGAUCAACACGGCAAUCCCAUCGAUCUGCGGCAGUACCGAAAGGUGUUAGAUAAAGAUGAAAAUGGAAAUGGAACCAAUGGGUCUGAAAAGAAGCUAAGAUAUAGGAGGACCCAAAGUGUGACACGCGCCGAGGAAAUUUCCAAUAAAGAGGAAAAACAGAGGAGGGCUCAACCCGGCAGACCAAUCCAUCGACCAAGAGACUCUCUGUUCUCUUGGAGCUCCGGAUUUACCAAUUUUACAGGUCUGGUAAACUGGGGUUUUCUACUGCUUUGCAUUGGAGGUUUGCGCUUGGGUCUGGAGAAUCUGCUCAAGUAUGGAAUACGCAUUAAUCCCCUGGAUUGGUUUUUCAUUAGCGGUCACAAUGAAGGCGAGGGCCACAAUGCCCUAAUCCUCAGCAUUUAUUCCUUGGUUCACAUUUCCCUCUGUUUGGCUGUGGAAAAAGGCCUUGCCAUGGAAAUCAUUGCCGAGGGCUUAGGAAUCUUCAUCCAAAUAGUAAACAUUGUGGUUCUUGUUUGCCUGCCGGUAGUCACCAUUCACCUCAAGGGACAUGCCUUCAGUUUAAUGGGCGCUUCAACUGUUUGCUUCUUCUACUCUGUAUUGUUCCUGAAACUCUGGUCCUAUGUGCAGACCAACAUGUGGUGCCGCCAAACAUACUACCAAAAGAAUACCCGAGAGCGUCGACCCAGCAUAACAUUGGCUGAACUGAAAAAUGGGGUUCUAAAUGACGGUGAAGAGGACGAGGACGUUGCAAAGUUGGUGCAGUAUCCGGAUAAUCUUACCUACAGGGAUCUCCUUUACUUCCUGUGUGCUCCAACACUCUGCUAUGAAUUGAAUUUCCCACGAACUUCGCGCGUGCGCAAACGCUUUUUGCUCAAGCGUUUGUUGGAGGUUGUGAUUGGCGUAAAUGUGGUGAUGGCUUUGUUCCAGCAGUGGAUAAUUCCCUCGGUGCGCAACUCUCUUAUUCCGUUUUCCAACAUGGAUGUGGCCUUGGCCACAGAGCGACUUUUAAAAUUGGCGUUACCCAAUCACCUGUGCUGGCUGUGCUUCUUCUACCUCAUGUUCCACUCUUUUCUGAACGCGGUGGGUGAACUCCUGAACUUUGCAGAUCGCAACUUUUACUGUGAUUGGUGGAACGCCAAUAAUAUUGACACGUUUUGGAGGACCUGGAACAUGCCAGUUCACAGGUGGUGUGUCCGUCAUCUUUAUAUCCCAGUUGUCCAAAUGGGCUACUCCUCACGACAGGCGUCUACCAUUGUGUUCCUCUUUAGUGCCUUCUUCCAUGAAUAUUUGGUCUCUGUUCCCCUGCAAACCUACAAAAUCUGGGCCUUUAUGGGCAUGAUGGGUCAGAUUCCCCUCUCGGCCAUAUCAAAGAAUAUUGAGAAACGUUUGGGCCCCCGAAUGGGCAACAUAAUCGUGUGGGCUUCCAUUAUUCUUGGACAACCUCUAUGUAUUAUGGCCUACUAUCACGACUAUGUGGUGCAGCAUUUUAGGAGCUCACUUAAUGGAACCGACUACAACAGUUAGACUUUAUUAAUCACUGAAAUAUCUGCACUGGUCGGGUCCGUGUACUUUUUGUAAUUUAAAAGCCAGAAUGCAAGUUGGGAAGGAAACUUGUGAUUGCCACAAUACAAAGCUUAUUUUGUAUGACUUUUGCACAUGCAUGUAGAACUGAUGAACAAAAAUAGAUUGUUAUUGAAUGCAUUUGUUAAUGAAUUUAAGUGUCAUGUAAAUAAAACAAUUUUUUAAACACG